AUGCGACACUCCGCAACAAAAAAUGGCUACUCGUACGAAUAUUUUCAAACAAAUGGAGAAAGUGAACAGCACCACAGCAUCACCUCGUGCAAUGAAUCCGAAUUCGAUCAAGGAUGCGCUACUUCGAUGGGUUCAAAAUCGAGUGCAAGGAUAUCCGAAUGUCUCCGUCACGAACUUCUCGUCGUCAUGGGCCGACGAUGA